GGGCGUUGGAAUUUUCCCCGAAAGUCUACGCCUCGGGCCUCUCCCAGCUCCGGGCGGACCUACCCAUUUCGCCCCACCAGCUGCGGACCGGGCCGCCCCGCCCUCUCACGGGGAACACUUAACCGCGACUUCAGUUUUCCGUUGCACUACGUGCAGAGGUUUUCCCCCUUCUGACCCUUUAUUCCUCCCGUGGGCUCUCCUCGCCAUCCUCUGCUCCCAGAGGAACGCAGAUUGCUGGUCCGCUUGCGGGUCCCGCGCGGCUCCUCCGUGCGCUUGGCUCUUUCGGUGCUGCAGGCAGCGGGUCAGCGGGAGGCAGCGCCCGGCGCCGGUGUCUGCUCUCCGCUAACUCCGCAGCUGACCCGCGGAGAGCGAGGGACGUGCGCCUGCCUCCCGCCCCAGGCUGCCCGUUUCGGAGAAGACGCGGUCUGGCAGCACUGAGCGCUGAGUUCUGCACCUAACCGAGCUCAGAGAGUUCCAAGAAAGGAAGUAUUCUGGAUGGAUGGCUGCUGGAAUCCCACUGUCAUAGCCAGCUCUUCUUCAACACUUAAGGAUUUACUCUGGCAUUGAGUAAUGAGAAUUUCGAAACCAUAUUUGGGAAGUACUUCCAUCCAGUGCUACUUGUGUUUACUUCUGAACAGCCAUUUUUUAACUGAAGCUUGCAUUCCUGUCUUCAUUUUGAGCUGUAUCAGUGCAGGUCUUCCUAAAACAGAGGCAAACUGGCAGGAUGUAAUAAGUGAUUUGAAAAUAAUUGACAAGCUUAUUCAAUCCUUACAUAUCGAUGCCACUUUAUAUACUGAAAGUGAUGUUCAUCCCAAUUGCAAAGUAACAGCGAUGAAGUGCUUUCUCCUGGAGUUACAUGUUAUUUCGCUUGAGUCCAAAAAUGAGACCAUUCAUCAAACAGUAGAAAACAUUAUUAUCCUAGCAAACAGCGGUUUAUCUUCUAACAGGAAUAUAACUGAAACAGGAUGCAAAGAAUGUGAGGAACUGGAGGAAAAGAACAUUAAAGAAUUUCUGCAGAGUUUUGUACAUAUUGUACAAAUGUUUAUCAACUCUUCUUGAUUGUGAUUGAUCCCCUUCAGCAUUUCUACUGUUAGCAAACAUCUUCCUGCGGCUUAGAGGCUGUGAAACUCCUCAUUUCAUGCAUGCUGCCCCAAUUUUUUUAACAAGAGGACAAUCUGGAAUCUUGGCUCACACGAACUCUUAGAAAUGAAAGCAGAAAAAUGUCAUUGAGCAACAUGGUGUCUAUGAACUGUCUUCGUACUUAUUUCGUUCAUUUAUUCUUAAUUUAUUAUUGAAAUUGUACAUAUUUGUAGCAUAAUAUAAAGUAUUGAAUAAAAUUGUGUAUAUACUCUAUCCUUCGAAAUUGCAUUGAUGUUUACCUCCUGUAAGAAAAUAGGGGACAUUCGUUCAAGGGCAAUAGUCAAAUUGCACAAGCUGUGGGGCUGAGCACCCCUGGGGCAGGGAAACCGUAUGUUCCAGCCAGCAUAGGACCACUGACCACCAGCCUUCACUUCUCCAUUAGGUGUAGCACAAGGAGGAAGAAUUAACUACCAAUGAGAAAGGAAGAAAUAGGUGUGAAACCGGUGUUUUACUCUGUAAUUGAUAUAUAAAGCACCUGUUAUAAAAGAUAAAAAGUGCAUGUACCUGGCAGGUAAUAUGCGUCAGUAAAUCUUAGGUGGGAGUGACAAUAAUAAAGCUCCACUGAGGUAGAUAGGUAGAAUCGUGUAUAGGAAACUAAUGGUUGUAAUGAUGUUUGUAUUCCAUGCUUUCCCAAGUGCAGGUAUUUUAUUUUCACUUUUUUUUUUUUGCCAUGCAUGUAUAAUAAAAAAUUUGCUGGUUCGUUAGAGCCAGCAUUAUCUGACAUAAAGUAAUUGUUUGUAUAUUUUUGCAGUAUGCUGUCUGAAAUUUGCAAGGUCUUUUUUAAUAAAACUAUGACUAAAAUGAAA